AGUACGGCAUACGGGACGGGGCCGCGCCUUCCCGCCCUCGGUUGCCGCUUCCCGCAGGCGCCAUGGGUUGGGAGGAGAAGCAGGUCCGCGGGUACGGCGAAUUCGUGCAGACGGCGCAGCGCUACCACGGUCGGCCGAUCUUCGCGCUCUUCUGCGGCGACAAGGAUGCUGAGGGCCGGAGCUGGUGCCCGGACUGCGUGACUGCUGAACCAGUUGUGAGGAACGAACUUCAUAACAUGCCUGAUGAAUCAGUGUUCAUCUACUGUCUUGUUGGAGACAGAGCCUACUGGAAAGAUCCUAACAAUGAAUUCAGGAAGAAUCUGAAACUAACAGGAGUGCCUACACUACUUAAAUACGGAACACCGCAGAAGUUGGUUGAAGAAGAAUGUUUUAAAGCAGAUCUUGUGCGUAUGUUGUUUACUGAAGAUUAAAUCCUCCAGUAGUCAACCAUUUAUGAAGAUGUUUGUCUUGUUAAUUGCAUUGCUCUUUCCUGGAAUCCUCACUUUUUUUUUUCCCCCCCAAACUGUCAUGGUAAAUUACUUUUGUCUAAUCAAGAUGAAUGUCAUUAAAUUCUAGGUUCAAACCUUUUCACUAAA